AUGAGGAAAACCUCCGAGGAUUGUCUCACUUUGUCUCCAGACUGGAAAGUAGAAGAUGAGGACAUCACACAGUAUAGUCCAGGAGAAAACCCGGCUCCCUCCAAUGUCCAUCCAGCACUACCCAGUAUAGAUGGACCAUCGGAUUCCUCGUAUCCUGAGGAACCUCAGACUGUGCGGGACCGGGCUGGACUUCCAAUAGACAAGAGGUUCUCCUGUACUGUGUGUGGGAAAUGUUUCCGUUUUAAAUAUACUCUUACUGAGCAUCAAAGGUCUCACACAGGUGACAAGCCAUAUUCCUGUCCUGAGUGCGGGAAAUGUUUUUCACAGAAAUCCAAUCUUUCCAGACAUCAGAGAUCUCACACUGGGGAGAAGCCACUUUGCUGUCCUGAGUGCGGGAAAUGUUUUUCACAGAAGUCCCAUCUUUACAGACAUCAGAGAUCUCACACGGGGGAGAAGCCACUUUGCUGUCUUGAGUGCGGGAAAUGUUUUUCACAGAAGUCCCAUCUUUACAGACAUCAGAGAUUUCACACAGGGGAGAAGCCGUAUUCCUGUCCUGAGUGCGGGAAAUGUUUUUCAAGGAAGUCUGAUCUUUCCAAACAUCAGAGAUCUCACACGGGUGACAAACCGUAUUCCUGUCCUGAGUGUGGGAAAUGUUUUUCACAGAAGACCCAUCUUUCCAGACAUCAGAGAUCUCACACGGGGGAGAAGCCAGUUUGCUGUCCUGAGUGCGGGAAAUGUUUUUCACAGAAGUCCCAUCUUUCCAGACAUCAGAGAUCUCACACGGGGGAGAAGCCAGUUUGCUGUCCUGAGUGCGGGAAAUGUUUUUCACAGAAGUCCCAUCUUUUACAGACAUCAGAGAUUGCACACGGGGAGAAGUCGUAUUCCUGUUCUGAGUGCGGGAAAUGUUUUGUAACAAAAUCAGUACUUGUCACACAUCAGAGAUCUCACAUGGGGGGAAAGCAAUUUUCCUGUCCUGAGUGCGGGAAAUAUUUUUCAAUGAAAUCUGAUCUUUUCAAACAUCAGAGAUCUCACACGUUGGAGAAGCCACGUUUCUGUCCUGAGUAUGGGAAAUGUUUCCAUUCUAAAUCCGAUCUUAAUGAGCAUAAAAGAACUCACCCGGGGGAGAAGCCGUAUUCCUGCCCUGAGUGCGGGAAAUGUUUCCGUUUCAAAUCUGGUCUUAAUGAGCAUAAAAGAUCUCACACAGGAGAAAAGCCAUAUUCCUGUACUGAGUGCGGGAAAUGUUUUUCUCAGAAGUCCAGUCUUAACGUACAUUGGCGAUUGCACAGGGGGGAGAAGUCAUAUUCCUGUCCUUAUUGCGAUCAAAGGUCUCACACUGGAGAGAAGCCGUAUUCCUGUGCAGAGUGUGGAAAGUGCUUCACUUCAAAACACACUCUUAAUGUGCAUAAAAAAACUCACACAGGUGAGAAACCGUAUUCCUGUCCUAAGUGCGGGAAAUAUUUUGCACGGAAAUCACAUCUUAUCUCACAUCAAAGUACUCACACAGGGGAGAAGCCAUAUUCCUGUCCUAAGUGUGGGAAAUGUUUCCAUUUUAAAUCCAAACUUAAUGUGCAUAAAAGAUCUCACACGGGGGAGAAGCCGUAUUCCUGUCCUGAGUGCGGGAAAUGUUUUUUAGUAAAGUCCCAUCUUUCCCGACAUCAAAGAUCUCACACGGGUGAUAAGAGGUUUUCUUGUCCUGAUUGUGGGAAAUGUUUCCGUUUUAAAUCCAAACUUGGUGAUCAUAAAAGAUCUCACACGGGAGAGAAGCCUCAUUGCUGUGCUGAGUGUGGGAAAUGUUUUUUACAAAAAUCAGAUCUUGUCAAACAUCAGAGGAGUCACACAGGAGAGAGGCCGUAUUCCUGUACUGAGUGUGGGAAAUGUUUUUCACAAAAAACAGAUCUUGUCAAACAUCAGAGGAGUCACACGGGUGAGAAGCCGUAUUCCUGUUCUGAGUGUGGGAAAUGUUUUUCACGGAAAUCUCUUCUUUGCAGACAUCAGAGAUUGCACACGGGGGAGAAGCCUUAUUUCUGUCCUGAGUGCGGGAAAUGUUUUUCACUUAAGUCCCAUCUUUACACACAUCAGAAAUACCACACAGGUGAGAAGCCCCAUUUCUGUCCUGAGUGUGGGAAAUGUUUUUUACAAAGAUCGGAUCUUGUCAAACAUCAGAGGAGUCACACAGGAGAGAGGCCGUAUUCUUGUUCUGAGUGUGGGAAAUGUUUUUCACAGAAGUCCAGUCUUUGCAGACAUCAGAGAUCUCACACAGGGGAGAAGCCACUUUCCUGCCCUAAAUGCGGGAAAUGUUUUUCACUAAAGUCCAAUCUUCGCAGACAUCAGAGGUUGCAUAAGGAUGAGAUGCCACGUUCCUGUCCUGAGUAA